UUUGAUAAGGUCCUGGCAACUCAGUAACAACCCGAGCGCCUGGAAUUAAAAAUACUCCCCACUAGCCAUGGAUCCGGGGGCCGCACGGCAUCCCAGCCGCCCACCUCCUCCGCCGAAAGUCCUGGUGUAAAAGAGAGGAGGCGCAGAUGAGCCCCUGCUGACUUGAGAGAGAGAGAGAGAGAAAGAGAGACCACGCUGGUUGCCGAGAGGAACUGGAAGAAAGAAAAAAGCCCCAAACUGCGUGCGGAGGAAGAACUCCGCCAUGAGCAGCGCUGUGCUGGUGCCUCGCCUCCCGGAUCCCAGCAGUAGCUUCCGUGAGGAUGCCCCGAGGCCCCCUGUCCCAGGGGAAGAAGGGGACACCCCGCCGUGCCAGGCUGGCCUGGGCAAGGGCCCUGUCACCAAACCCAUGCCUGUGUCCUCCAGCGCCCGGCGGAACGAGGAUGGGCUGGGAGAGCCCGAGGGGCGGGCCUCCCCAGAGUCUCCCCUGACGAGGUGGACUAAGUCGUUGCUCUGCUUGUUGGGCGAUCAAGAUGGGGCUUAUCUCUUCCGGAUUUUCUUGGAGAGGGAGAAAUGUGUGGAUACUUUAGACUUCUGGUUUGCCUGCAAUGGAUUUCGGUUGAUGAACCUGAAGGAUACCAAAACUUUACGAGUAGCCAAAGCGAUCUACAAAAGGUACAUCGAGAACAACAGCAUUGUCUCCAAGCAGUUGAAACCAGCCACCAAGACCUACAUACGCGAUGGCAUCAAGAAGCAGCAAAUUGAUUCCAUCAUGUUCGACCAGGCCCAGACCGAGAUCCAGUCGGUGAUGGAGGAGAAUGCCUACCAGAUGUUUUUGACUUCUGAUAUAUACCUCGAAUACGUGAGGAGUGGGGGAGAAAACCCAGCCUACAUGAGCAGCGGGGGCUUGGGAAGCCUGAAGCUGGUGUGUGGCUACCUCCCCACCUUGAAUGAAGAAGAGGAGUGGACUUGUGCCGACUUCAAAUGCAAGCUCUCGCCCACGGUGGUUGGCUUGUCCAGCAGAACCCUGAGGGCCACGGCCAACAUGAGGUCUAUGGAGACGGUGGAGAGCGGAUACAGGUCCUUCAAGAGGAGCGAUCCCAUUAACCCGUACCACGUCACGUCCGGCUACGGCUUUGCCCCCGCCACCAGCGCCAACGACAGCGAGAUCUCCAGCGAUGCGCUCACAGACGACUCCGUGUCCGUGACGGACAGCAGCGUAGAUGGGAUCCCUCCGUAUCGCGUGGGCAGCAAGAAGCAGCUCCAGAGAGAGAUGCAUCGCAGUGUGAAGGCCAACGGUCAAGUGUCUCUACCUCAUUUCCCGAGAACCCACCGCCUGCCCAAGGAGAUGACCCCCGUGGACCCCGCCACCUUUGCGGCUGAGCUGAUCGCCCGGCUGGAGAGGCUGAAGCUGGAGCUGGAGAGCCGCCACAGCCUGGAGGAGCGGCUGCAGCAGAUCCAGGAGGAUGACGAGAAGGAGGGGCCGGAGCCGACGCUGAGCUCGAGGGAGGGAGGCCCCCCGCCGCACCCUCUGUCCCUCCUGCCCUCCGGCGGCUACGAGGAGGAUCCACAGACUAUUCUCGACGACCACCUGUCGAGGGUCCUCAAGACCCCAGGCUGCCAGUCACCGGGCAUGGGCCACUACAGCCCCCGCUCCCGCUCCCCGGACCACCGCCACCACCACCAGCAUCACUCCUCCUUCUCGGCCGGGGGCAAGCUGCCCGCCCCGCUGGCCAGCUGCCCCCUGCUGGUGGCCAAGGGCUUCAUGGCCGUGGCCGCCAAGCAGACGACGAAGCAUGUCCACCACCACUACGUCCACCACCAUGCCGGCCCCAAGACCAAGGAGGAGAUUGAGGCGGAGGCUGCCCAGCGGGUGCGCUGCCUGUGCGCGGGGGUUGCCGACUAUUACUGCUACGCCCGGUGCAAGAGCCACCCCAAGGCGCCCGAGCCCAUGGAGCCACUGGGCAGCGGCAGCAGCAGCGGCACCUUGGCCAGGCGGAGUGGGAAAGGCACGGAGCUGGGCCAAGCCCUGCCCACCAGGGAAGGAGGGGCUCCAGGUGGGGCUGGGGCACCUCAGCUUCCCGGGGAGGAAGGAGCCAACUCGCAGGAUGCCUGGCCCUGGAUGCUGGAGAGCGAGCAGACCAAGCCCAAGCCCCAGCCCCAUAGUGCCCCAAGCACAAAGAAGUCCUACCCUGGGGACUCCGCCCGAGCCGCCCCCAGCGAGCGAGCUGGCCGGCACCACCUGUGGGGGACCAGCAGUGGACAUGCCCGAGCCACGCCCCGCGCCCACCCUCUCAUCCAGGACCCUGCCGUGCCUUCCCUGGCCCCUCCCAACACCCUGGCACAGUUGGAGGAGGCUUGCCGCAGGCUGACAGAGGUGUCCAGGCCCUCGAAACAGCGGUGCUGUGCAGCAGGCCAGCAGAGAGACAGGAACCACUCGGCCUCUGGCCAGGCAGGCGCCACACCCUUCUCCACCCCGAGCCUGGUGCCUGAAGAUCACAAAGAGCCAAAGAAGCUGGCGGGCGUCCACCCCUUCCAGGCCAGCGAGCUGGUGGUCACGUACUUCUUCUGUGCGGAAGAGAUCCCGUAUAGAAGGAUGCUGAAGGCCCAGAGCUUGACCCUGGGCCACUUCAAAGAGCAGCUUAGCAAAAAGGGCAGUUACAGGUAUUACUUCAAAAAAGCCAGCGACGAGUUUGCCUGCGGGGCUGUGUUUGAGGAGAUCUGGGAGGACGACGCGGUGCUCCCCAUGUACGAAGGGAGGAUCCUGGGCAAGGUGGAGAGGAUUGACUGAGCCCGUGGCGUCUGGCCAUGGGGAAGAACCAGGGCCCAUGGGACCCGCCCUGGACCGGCCCAGGCCACGGUGACAAAAACACUUUGAAGGAAAUGUAAACCAAUGAAGAAGAACAAUUCUUGGGGAAGAGUUGGCCGCUAGACCUUUGGGACGGUGGGGGUGCGUGUGUGCG